GCUAGGCUACCGAGGUUUAAGUUAGUAUCCAUCUCUGUGGGACUGCAAAGUCUCUCCGGUGGGCUGUGCGCUAUGUCGGACGUGGGAUCCGAGGAAUUUGAAGAAGAACAGGGACCCUACCUCGGGGAGUACGAAGGGGAUCGCAAUGACGCCGGGGAGAGGCACGGAGUGGGGAAGGCUGUCCUGCCUAAUGGGGAUACUUAUCAAGGACAGUAUGAACACGGACAAAGGAAUGGACAGGGAACCUAUAGGUUUAAAAAUGGUGCUCGUUACAUUGGUGAAUAUUACAUGAAUAAGAAGCAUGGACAAGGUACUUUCUACUACCCUGAUGGAUCAAAAUAUGAAGGUGGCUGGGUUGAUGAUCAGAGGCAAGGUCAUGGAGUGUACACAUACACAAAUGGAGACACAUAUGAUGGAGAGUGGAUGAAUCAUCAAAGGCAUGGGCAGGGUGUGUACACCUAUGCAGAUACAGGAUCAAAGUAUGUUGGCACCUGGGCGCUGGGCAAACAGGAGGGAGCAGGAGAAUGCAUCCACCUUAACCACCGAUUUCAAGGAAACUUCGUCAACAGCAAUCCUUUUGGAACUGGGAAGUAUGUCUUUGACAUUGGCUGUGAGCAGCAUGGAGAGUUUCUACAUGUGGAGCAGGAUAAAGGUGAAGGGGAAGAUGAGGAUCCCAUCAGUGCCACUGUACUGAAGUGGAAGGCAGACAAAGUGACUGCCAUGACUCUCUGGACUCCAGUCGAGGAACUGAAGAAGCAGCCAGCAGCACCUGGGGAGGUGAAAGAGAGUGAAAUACAGGCCACUGGGCCUGAGCCUACUAUAGCAGAGGACAAAGAGGAAACAGACCUGGUUUCUGAAGUGGGAAAAGAGCCUGAGGUGGAGCCAGAGGGGACUCAGGCAUUAUCUACUGCCCCCGAAGAAGUAGAGGAGUGACUGCUGCAGCACGUCAGAGACACUGCUGCCACUAAAUGAAAAACUAUACAGCUGUACUUUUAGGCAUGAAUAAAUAGAUAUUUUUA